AUGAAAAAAUUUGCACCGAUAUUGGCUGGUUUACUGUUUCUUGUGGAUUACUCAGAAGCAAAAAUGUUUGAGAGUUAUUCCACUCGAGUGAAACGAAACGAUUUCACAAACAACUAUGGAUAUGGUCCAUUUGGAAUAGGUCCAACCAACGGAGGAUUUGAUAGUUAUGGAUUUUACAGAGACAAGUUUUAUAACGCAGGACUUCCACCUCUUUAUUCAUUUGCUUCUUAUCGUAACUACUAUCACGAGAUCUCUUUCCAUAAGAACAAGUACGGUCAACCGGCUCCAACAGAUUUCGAAGUAUUGCAACAGGAGAGAUUUGGACCAUACUACGACGGAGUUUGGGGAUACGCAGAUCACUCGAAAAAUUGGUUUGGAAAGAAGCGUUGA